CGCCACAAGUCACGUUCACCGAGCAGCGAAAACAGCAACACAUGCAGCAUGAACCCAGAACAAAUUGUUUUGCUUUUGGUUGCAGCCGCCGCCGCCGCCGCCUCCUCGCAAGACUGCGCCUCCGACGGCUACCACUGGGACGCGGCCUGCGCAACCUACUGGCUCUGCAAGGGCGGCGACCUGGUGCUCAGCAGGUCCUGCGCCGACGGCACCCUCUUCAACGGACUCAUGUGCGUGCCCAGCGCCCUGGUCCACUGCAGCCCGCACAACGCCACCGCUGCACAAAGAAAUAAUCUCUUGUCGCCACACGCCUGCCUCGGACUUAAUGACGGCAUUCAUAGGGAUUACAUGCAGGGUGGCUGCUCGAGCUACCUAAUGUGUGAAAACCACAAAGUCACCCAGAGAGGUGAAUGCCCGUCCUCCAUGACCUUCAACGGCCUUACUUGCGUCAGCCAGAGCGGCGAAGACACCACUUGCGGUCACAACAGCAUCGAGGACAUUCCCGCGUGCCCAUCCACACCAGGAGUGUUCAGCACCCCUUCCUGCAGGGGAUAUUUCUACUGCUCUUCUUCCGGCACUCGCAGCCAGAUUUACGAGUGUCCAACUGGACAGGUGUUCAAUACGACCCUGCAAAUGUGCAGCCCGGGGUCUUCGUGCGCGCCUCCGCUGCCCAGUUCGUGUUUCAACAAGUCGGACGGUUACUACCAGGACGCGUUGUCGUCAGGGUGCCGCAGCUACCUGUACUGCUUCCAGGGUCGCUCCAUCACGUACCUGUGCCCGGAAGGGUACGCGUACAACGGCACCACGUGUCUGGUGGACACGUCGUUCGAGUGUCCAUACUGGUCGUCCGACUGCGUCAACAAGGGCGACGGCUACCACGCGGACGCCUCCUCAGGGUGCCGACAGUACUUUUUCUGCCUUGACGAGAACAGGGUGCGCACCCUGACGUGCAGCAACGGCCGCAUUUUUGACGGCAACAAGUGCACGCCCAAGGGCAGCUGUCCGGCCAAAGGUCAGGGGGCGGGCAGCGAGUGUUCGGACAAGGCGGACGGUCGGCACGCGGUCAUCGGCUCCAACUGCACGCGGUUUGUCGCGUGUCUCGGCGGAAAAAGGGCGGCGACCGGAUCGUGCGCCAAAGGUUUCCUCUUCGCAGACGGCGAGUGCAGACUGAGUGAUGAGUGUCGCGACAAGUAAACCUUAAUUGUGUGCGCCAGAUAAAGAGAGAGGACUGUUUGAAUUUUAUUUGUUAUUUAUUUAUUUAUAAUCUAUAAUAUUGUCAAUUGUUCUAGAAAAUCAUUCUCAGAAAAAAUAAUAUUAAUAAACAGCAUGAGCGAAAAUUGA